CGUGGGCGCCGGCGUGGAGCUGCCGCACGUGGGAGGGCUCGCGUAGGAACAGCUGCUGCCUCCGCUGCUACCGCCGCAGCCGCUGUUGGCUUCUCGGCUAGACCACCUCUCGGUUCACUGGCGCCCCGCCUUCCUCUCCCCCAAACCGGAGGACAGCACGCUCGCCGUCGCCGCCUCUCGGCGCUCCCAUGAUCACCCGGUGCCUCUCGGCUGUGCGAGACCUCCACAGAGUUGGUGGUUGUAGGAUUUUAUUCAGAAUGACGCUAGGAAGAGAAGUGAUGUCUCCUCUUCAGGCAAUGUCUUCCUAUACUGCGGCUGGCAGAAACGUUUUAAGAUGGGAUCUUUCACCAGAACAAAUUAAAACAAGAACUGAGGAGCUCAUUGUGCACACCAAACAGGUGUACGAUGCUAUUGCAAUGCUUGACCUUGAGGAAGUAACUUACGAGAACUGUUUGCAGGCACUGGCCGAUGUAGAAGUGAAAUAUAUAGUGGAACGAACCAUGCUAGACUUUCCCCAGCAUGUCUCAUCUAACAAAGAAGUACGGGCAGCAAGUACAGAAGCAGACAAAAGACUUUCUCGUUUUGAUAUCGAGAUGAGCAUGAGAGAAGAUAUAUUUCUGAGAAUUGCCCACUUACAGGAAACCUGUGAUCUAGGGAUGAUAAAGCCUGAAGCCAGACGAUACUUGGAAAAGUCAAUUAAAAUGGGGAAAAGGAAUGGGCUCCAUCUUCCAGAAGAAGUACAAAAUGAAAUCAAAGCAAUGAAGAAAAGAAUGAGUGAGCUAUGUAUAGACUUUAACAAAAACCUCAAUGAGGAUGAUACCUUCCUUGUGUUUUCCAAGGCUGAACUUGGUGCUCUUCCUGAUGACUUCAUUGAAAGUUUAGAAAAGACAGUCGAUGACAAGUACAAAAUUACCUUAAAAUAUCCACACUAUUUUCCUGUCAUGAAGAAAUGUUGUAUCCCUGAAACCAGAAGGAAGCUGGAAAUGGCUUUUAAUACAAGGUGUAAAGAGGAAAACACCAAGAUUCUGCAACAGCUACUCCCACUUCGAGCCAAAGUGGCCAAACUACUCGGCUAUAGCACACAUGCUGACUUUGUCCUUGAAAUGAACACUGCGAAGAGUACAAGCCAUGUGACAGCUUUUCUAGAUGAUCUAAGCCAGAAAUUAAAACCCUUGGGUGAGGCAGAACGAGAGUUCAUUUUGAAUUUGAAGAAAAAGGAAUGUGAAGAGAGGGGUUUUGAAUAUGAUGGGAAAAUCAAUGCCUGGGAUCUGCAUUACUACAUGACUCAGACAGAAGAACUCAAGUACUCCAUAGACCAAGACAUCCUCAAGGAAUACUUCCCAAUCGAAGAGGUCACCCAAGGCCUGCUGAACAUCUACCAGGAGUUGUUGGGACUUGCAUUUGAGCAAGUGACAGAUGCUCAUGUGUGGAAUAAAAGUGUUACGCUUUACACUGUGAAGGACAAAGCCACAGGAGAAGUUUUGGGACAGUUCUACUUGGACCUCUAUCCAAGGGAAGGGAAAUACAACCAUGCAGCCUGCUUUGGCCUCCAGCCUGGCUGCCUCCUCCCCGACGGGAGCCGCAUGAUGUCUGUGGCUGCCCUUGUGGUGAACUUCUCACAGCCUCUAGCAGAUCGUCCCUCUCUCCUGAGGCACGAUGAGGUGAGGACUUACUUCCAUGAAUUUGGUCAUGUCAUGCAUCAGAUUUGUGCACAGACUGAUUUUGCACGAUUUAGUGGAACAAAUGUGGAAACUGACUUUGUAGAGGUGCCAUCACAGAUGCUUGAAAAUUGGGUGUGGGACAUUGAUUCCCUCCGAAGACUAUCAAAACAUUAUAAAGAUGGAAGACCGAUUAUGGAUGAUCUGCUUGAAAAACUUGUUGCUUCUAGACUGGUCAACACAGGUCUUCUGACUUUACGCCAGAUUGUUUUGAGCAAAGUUGAUCAGUCUCUCCAUACCGAUGCGUCGCUGGAUGCUGCAAGUGAAUAUGCCAAAUAUUGCACAGAAAUUUUAGGCGUUGCAGCUACUCCAGGUACAAAUAUGCCAGCUACUUUUGGACAUUUGGCAGGAGGAUAUGAUGGCCAAUAUUAUGGCUAUCUUUGGAGUGAAGUAUUUUCCAUGGAUAUGUUUUACAGCUGUUUUAAAAAAGAAGGGAUAAUGAAUCCAGAGGUUGGAAUGAAAUACAGAAACCUAAUCCUGAAACCUGGGGGAUCUCUGGACGGCAUGGACAUGCUCCAGAAUUUCUUGGAACGUGAGCCAAACCAAAAGGCGUUCUUAAUGAGCAGAGGCCUGCACACUCCGUAGGCUGGGGCUCUUUGGUAGCCAUCCACGUCUGGAGGACAAGUCGACACCACCAUGUGUCACUGGCCUGGAAACUGAAGGGAGUUUUGCAAGUGAAAAUUUAGAUUUCUAUUGACUGCCUUUUGUUGUUUGAGUUGAAAACUUACACAGAUGUAAAUGGAAUUAUAAAUACUGUGACCUAAGAAGAGGCCCAUUCGAAAAUAAUUGUACUAUAAAAUUUCAUAAAAAUAGAUUUGAUUUUUUUUAUAAAAGUUUCAUAUGAAUGUAAUUUGAUUUUUUUGUACUCUUGUAAUCUAGAUAAUAUAAUGUAAGAAGGCUCAGAAUUUUUAAAUUGAAUCAUAUACAUUACAUAAUUUGAUCCUUCUUAUAUCAUGCAGUUUUAUACUUGGGAUUUCUGGACAUAAAUGAAUCACCAUAUUCCUCUGGUAAAUAUUUUCUGGGAGCUCUGCAUUAACUUUGACUCUGUCUCACAGUCAAGUGUGACCUCUUUGCCUACAUACCUCAGGACCAGGGGAAUAUGCCUCAGCAAUGCAUUUAUCGUUGAGUUUCAGGUCGCGUGAUUUCCAACUUUCUGCCACGCUUAAAUUAUGUUCCUCCAUUUGGGUUUGUCUUUUCUGUCUAACAUCCAGUCAAAGGGUACCAAACAGUAUGAGUUUUAACUGAACUAGCCCAAUGUGCAUUGCAAGUUUUUGUAUGUUGUAUUAGAGGUUCCCUUCCACCUCAGCAUACAAGAUUGUCAGUCUUUUGGCAUAUUUGCCAAUAAGAACACUAAGGAAGUGUAUCUCUUCUUCGGUUUCUAAGAAGUGGUGAGACUUGACCUCCUCCCAAAGUGGCAGGUACACAUGUCACAAAUGGCUAUUUAGAGAGCUGAAGCUGAUGCAGAGCAUAAGAGUUCAGAACCUCCAGAAGAGUGGGUUCUGAACAGAAGCUCUUUAGGACAGCUGCUCCCAAGUGUUACACAUGUGCUUAAACUCAGCCACAGGGAGGUGGCUCUUCAGUAGUCUGUUUGGUCUGGUGAUUUUUAUUUGAAGUGAACCUUGGGGAUCUCUCUUCAACUAAAUAUGGGCCUGAAUUCCAAUUCUGCAGCAGACCAGUAAACUCACAGUACUUAUUUUUCCUCUAGGCGUCUACACAAUAAGAAAACUACAACUGGACAAGAAAACUUUUUAAAUGAAAAAACAAAAAAUCAAACUUUGAAUGUACUCUGCAUAAGUCUUCCAGUUGUUUCCCACUCGGUACCUGAGGUAUGACUUCACUGGCCACAGACAAAAUGAAAACCUUUCUGUUCUCUAAUCCAGAUGGAAUUUGUGCUAAAUAAAAAAUAUAUAUAUUAUGCUGCACAAUAAAAUUACAGACAGCAGGAAAAAUCAAGAGCUUUGGUGACACAGAAGAAAAUUCAAGAUGGUUAUUGUCAAGCAAACAGCUUAAACAUCCACAUGAAAUCUUACCCUCCUUACUGAGGUAAUUGCCUGGCCCUUCUUUCCCCCACAUUCACUCAAGGUCACUGCCUCUGGUCCCCAAAGCUCUUUUUUUGGUCCUAGCAACCUGUGUACUUUUCUCAUAUCUUUUUCCCCCCGAGACUGUUCUGUUUUCUAAUUUCAGACAAAAACUCUCUUCAGCUUUUUCUAUUGCCUAGUGUGUCUCCUUAACAAUAACUUUAUCAUUUUAAAUCUUAUUUCACAUGGAAAAACUAAUACUUGCUGUGAAAAAGGCUGCACGCAAUAAAGUUGCAUUAUUAUUAUCCAUGAGAACGAACUUAAACAUUUCUU